AUGUAUGUAGAGGAAAGCGAAAUAAAUCCAGGGUACGAGACAGCAGGCUCGUCCACGGUGGCACUUGUGGCAUCGACCGCUCGCACGGAUGAAGACAAGGACGUACAGCUGUCCUCCGAACUUACACCGCACGCACCCCCGCCUCCGCAGCACCGGGAUCUCCUCGGAGCAGCUCCUGAUGCUCCGCACAAGCAUACCAUGGGGGUCGGGAGUUUGAUGGAAACGGGUCGUCGGAUUCUACUUACGGACAAGUGCCAGACCGUCACUGACAUGAUCGGAUUCAGAUGUUACCCGGGCCCAAUCAAAUAUGGGUACGAGGGUAAUCCCCCAACGCCGGUCGAGCUACGCCUGUGAAAAUUUUUCCGCAUCGGCAUCCUUCUUGACAUACAACGAACAUACAAAUGAAUCAAUCGUGCUAGUUCAUGUCAUGUAAUAUGCAAUUGAAAAUUGUAGCUGUAGCAAGAUCUUCAGCAUCGGAAGAAGUUUCAGCACAGUGUGUGGCGUACAAGUAUUAAAAGUAGCAGGGCGACUUUUAUUCUGUCUUACUUGCAGUAGACUUACGACGUGGUCCUUGCUCGCUCUAUUUGCAACUGAAAUCUUCGUGUAUACGAUUUUCGUCAGUAUAAUCCGGUUGUUCCGUUGAUGCGCAAGCACAGGCCAGAAUUUUUUUACUUCCGAGAUGAUCCAAGGAGGAGGGAAAAUUUUUCAUUUUGAAAUUUUCUUGCCCGAAAUGCCCCUGAUAUUAUCGUCCACAAACGCGGCGAUACAUUCGAGUGCCAUACCGAAUACAAGGACACAGAGUGCAGUGAAAAGAAGCACAAAUGGGAGUCGCGUGACCUUGCAUCGGAUUCCUUGGGCAAUCAGGAAAAGUGGGAGAUUGGAUCCGCCACGCACGUUCUGUUGCACUACAGAGACACGGAGGCGACGUUUCAACCUCUGAAAUGCUACCAAAAAGAAAACACUGCCCAAGAAAGAUAUUUGAAACCCGAUCCGCUACUCUUGCAUUUGAAUUCUGUUGAUGUAGUACUAGUUCUAGUUGCGACGUCUACUUGUUGUGCCCGCUAUAUGAAUUUCUACUUGCACUUUGCACAUUCGGGCCACCGUGUCGCGUAUUGAGAUCUGAGAGAGUUGCGUCUGAAUGGGGAUCUUCCCGCGGCUGCGUUUAAUAAAGAUUGCUUCCCAGCAGGUGGCUUUAUUUCGUAUGGUGCUGUGGCGUCAUUCCCCUCGUCAUGGGGACAGUUUUCGUUUUGGUACCCGCAGCGACGAUUUCAUGACGAAGUGGGAGGCGGAAGAACAUAGGAAAUGGUUGAAGCAGAAAGACGAAGAAUACGCCAAGUGGGACGUAACCUUUGCCAAGGCGCGGGAGCGGCUCCUCGAGGAAACGCACAACGCAUUGGAGUGGGGCCACAAAGUCGCGGCUAGCUGCCGAUACGCAGGCAACACAAAAAUCGUGUUCGACGACUACCAAGCCGAAAACCACAGCUGGUACCGCAAAGGGGAUGCGGCGGAUUGCAUGAUAGAGUGCGAAGCCCGUGGUGUAGAAAGGUGCUGGGGAGUUGCGAUCAAGGUGGUUACGAUUCCGAAAGGUAGUGAAAAAGGCUGCGUUUUCUUGAAGGACGAGUGUGUGACUGAGGACGAAAACCUGUCCCUACAGUCGGGCUCUCCAGUCUGGAAGAUCGCUAUGAUGCUGCCAUACGGGGCACAAGUCGAAGAACACGACCCAUUUACGGACGUGGAAGAUGUUGAAGUCGAGGACGAGGAGUCGGAAUCGCACAAGAAAGUGGAGGAGGCUUCCACUUCUACUGUUGAGCCUUCUACUGGUCACAUCGGGGCGGCACCCCCGAGUGUGGUCAACAACAUGCUGGGUUUGAAGCCCAAGGAAGAUGUAGACGUCUUGGUCGUGAUCGCACUCGUCCUGGGUGGUCUCGUCGUAAUUUUCUGCAUGCUGUUUUGCUACCGCCAAGGAUAUUGUCACCGUUACGACAGAGAAGACUGGCAGGAUGAUGAGUACUACGACGAGCAGUCUCACCUGGAGGCCAGCACAUUCCUUCCGCCGGGAGACUACGGUUACUACGACCAAGCAGACCCUUACCACAGCGGUGCUGUGUGGGACGACAACGACCGGCGCGGUAGUGAGAGGGGCGGAAAUUAUUCCUCCAAAUCCACCAGAAAAAAAGACGACGACGACAAGGCCCCCAUUGAUGGCUUUAUGAAAUGGCUUUUUGGGUGAUGACUAGCGGCACCAUGGCGGUUGCGGAAGAAGUUAUUUUUAAUGAAGACACAACACCCGAAAAGUUCACGUUCAGCUGUUGCAUAUAUAAAAAAUUAUCAUCAAGAUCACUGUCCCUGUAGUUUUCACCUUUCAGUAUUUGUUUGAGUCAAAAGUAGCAUUGUUUUCUCGCCUUUUGCUGGGAGUCAGUACUGGCAGCUUCCUCCAUCUCUGCUCCCCCUUCGUGGAACAAUCACUACUCCUAUUACAACUACUCCCCGCCCACCAACUCUAACGCUGUGUAUUUGCCAUCUCCUCAUAGAUCAUUAGAGCUGCCCUCUUUUGUAGUUCGUGCGGAAAAACCCCUCUGAAGGAAGAAGCAGAGCCUGCUUGCUGCAAGCCUUCUACCAGGAAUGGUUGGCUCAAUGUCAAUGGGCAGUUUUGUCCAAAUUGUCCCCUAUCUUGUUUCUGAUUCUGGUGAUUGUUCAUCGGGACAUGGACACUUCUAACCGAUUUCCCUAUUGAUUGGCGUUCGCAGUUACUUAAGUUCACA